CAAAAAUAAACGUGAAGAAUAGGAAAAAGUUAAAAAGAGUUUUGAAGGCUUAAAACCAAAUCCGUAUUGUCCUUUUUAUAUACGUAACCAACCUGCGACUGCUGGAACAAUUCAAUUCCAAAUUUUGCACCUCACACACUCUUUUCUUAAUAGUGUUUAUUUCUUGUACGAGAGGUUCUAUUUGUUCUUGUUCUAAAAUCAUCAUAAUCAUGGGUAGCAUCGAUAGAGAGAAUGAAAAUGACAAUCUUAUCCAAUCACUAUUGUCAAAAGAAAUAUCAACCAUUCAAGAAAUUCAAACAGAAGAGGAAGAUGAAGAACAAGAAUUUGGUAAGAAAUUAUGGAUUGAAACUAAGAAACUAUGGCUUAUUGUUGGUCCCUCUAUUUUCAGUCGUGUAGCAUCGUUCACCAUGAACGUCGUUACUCAAGCUUUUGCUGGUCAUCUCGGUGAAGUUCAACUCGCUGCCAUGUCUAUCGCCAACACCGUCAUUGUUGGCUUCAAUUUUGGCCUCCUUUUAGGAAUGGCGAGCGCGUUGGAAACACUAUGCGGACAAGCAUUCGGAGCAAAAAGAUAUAACAUGUUAGGAAUAUAUCUACAAAGAUCAUGGAUUGUUCUAUUCCUAUGUUGUUUUCUAUUAUUACCAUUUUACAUUUUCGCCGCGCCAAUUCUCAAAUUUAUAGGACAACCAGAUGAAGUAGCAGAAUGGACUGGUGUUGUAGCUAUAUGGUUUAUACCUUUGCAUUUCAGUUUUGCAUUUCAAUUUCCUCUUCAAAGGUUUCUACAAUGUCAACUCAAAACAAGUGUUAUUGCUUGGGUUUCUUUGAUUGGUUUGGUGAUUAAUGUGUUACUUAGUUGGUUGAUGGUUUUUGUUUGGGAUUUUGGACUUAUUGGUGCUGCUAUUGCUUUGGAUGUUUCUUGGUGGAUAUUGGUUUUUGGUAUGUUGGGUUAUACUGUUUUUGGAGGGUGUCCUUUAACUUGGACUGGUUUUUCAAUUGAAGCUUUUUCUGGAUUAUGGGAUUUUUUCAAACUCUCUUUUGCUUCUGGGGUCAUGCUUUGUUUGGAGAAUUGGUACUACAGGAUACUGCUACUUAUGACUGGUCAGUUGAAGAAUGCCACCAUUGCUGUCGAUGCCUUGUCUGUAUGCAUGACUAUCAAUGGAUGGGAAAUGAUGAUCCCACUUGCUUUUUUUGCUGGUACCGGUGUAAGGGUGGCAAAUGAACUGGGAGCAGGAAAAGGGAAAUCAGCAAAAUUUGCAAUGCAAGUAUCAGUGGCACAAUCAACAGUUAUUGGUUUCAUCUUCUGUGUUCUGAUAAUGAUAUUCCAUAGACAAUUUGCAUACCUUUUCACAACCAGCUCUUCUGUGCUUGAAGCUGUUAAUGAUAUGUCAAUUCUAUUGGCAGUCACCAUUCUUCUAAAUAGUGUUCAACCUAUUUUGUCAGGAGUUGCUGUUGGUUCGGGCUGGCAAGUAUCUGUGGCAUACAUAAAUAUAGGAUGCUACUAUUUAAUUGGUCUCCCACUUGGAAUUCUCAUGGGAUGGGUUUUCCACACUGGUGUUGAAGGGAUAUGGGCUGGUAUGAUAUUUGGUGGUACAGCAAUCCAAACAUUGAUACUCAUCAUAGUAACAGCAAGAUGUGAUUGGAAAAAGGAGGCAGAGAAGGCUACAUCUCGUGUAAACAAGUGGUCAAUCACUAACUCGGAGGACCAACUGCAGAUCACCAACUAAUAUUUGGAUUUAGCUGAUGGAUCAUUUUUAGGGUCGGGUCAAUAAGUGAAGCCCUAAAAAUAGUCUUAAUAUAUAUAUGCCUCUUUCAUCUGCUUAUGAGCCUUUUUUUUGCGUAUGUGAGUUUAAACCCUAUAGUCGAGCUUUUGGACUAACGUUCUAUUUUCUGAGUGACCUGUGAAGAGUACAUUUUUGUUGAUAGGCUUGAAGCUAGAGUUCUUAAUAGUCUUAUCUUUAGGUCGACUUUGAUGAGUGUUGUCGAUAUGAGGUGUAUGAAUAUCAUCGUUGAUAUUAGUGGCAGUGCUCCGACGUGAUACAGGGGUGCAAAUUUUUAAUCAACAUUUCUCAUUA